AUGAGUUCAAAUCCAACUUCCAGCGAGAUCAAGAUGUCGGCUGCCUCUCGCGCCAUGUUGGGCAAGGUCCGCAAACUCGUGCCUCCAAUGCUAGAAAAAUUUCACAAAGGACAGUUGGGCCGAGUUGCUGUCAUCGGUGGUAGUGCCGAUUAUACUGGGGCGCCAUACUUCUCAGCGAUGGCAUCGGCGCGGCUAGGUUGUGAUCUAUCUUACGUCUUCUGCGAGCCUUCUGCGGCCCAGACGAUCAAAUCCUACUCACCUAACCUCAUGGUGUCACCAAUCCUACGAUCCACAGCUUCAAUCUCACAGGCACAGAAAGAGCAGGAUCCCACGGGCGAAGAGCUGGCAAAGCCAAUUCUCGAUAUGCUACCACGUCUACAUGUGUUGGUAAUAGGACCGGGUCUGGGGAGAGACGUCAUCACACAGAAGCAGGUGAAAGCUGUAAUCAAUGCAGCUCGAAACCACGAUCCUCCCGUGCCAAUGGUACUUGAUGCAGAUGCUCUUUGGCUUGUCCAGACAGACCCAGACCUUAUCAAGGGACAUAAAGAGUGCAUUCUGACCCCUAAUGUUGUUGAGUUUGGUCGACUUGCGAAGGCAGUAGGUACGGAUCAGGACAACAGCGAUCCCGAAAAGGCCUGCCAGACACUCUCUAAGGCCCUAGGCGGUGUCUGCAUUAUCCAGAAGGGUGCUGUGGACUAUAUUUCGCAAGGCGUAGACACCACAAUUUCCGACUUUCAGGGUGGUCUGAAGCGAUCUGGAGGUCAAGGUGAUACCCUGACUGGAUCGCUUGGCACCUUUUUGGCCUGGCGAGGGCUCUACCAUGAAGGACUGUGGGAUACUGGACCCGAGAAAAUGAGCCGAGAAGAAACUCUCUUGGUGGCAGCGUUCGGCGGAAGCGCCAUCACAAGAGAGUGCUCACGACGGGCAUUUGCAAAGCGACAAAGGAGUUUGCAAGCCAGUGAUCUGACUGACGAGGUUCAUGAGUCUUUCCUGGCGCUCGUCGGAGAACCAGAAGAGCUCCCUAAGCUUUGA